AUGUUCUCUCAUAAGGCAAUGUUCUCUCGGCGUUUCUCCCUCUUUCUCUCGUUCUACCCCCCUGCCUGUACACACGCGUGUGUGGGAAAUAGCAGCCAGGCGGCAUCAGGGGACAUGGACACAUCAGCUGACCCCCAGUCGCUGCUCAACGCCCGCCACGACCCCAACGCCCUCAAGGGAAAGCUGCUACAGAUGACAGCAGAGCACCGAGCAGAGGUGGCAGCACGGCGAGAGAGAGGCGACUCAGACCAGCAACACCACCAGCAGCAGCACCACCAGCAGCAGCACCAGCAGCAGCACCAGCAGCACCAGCAGCACCACCCGCAGCAUGAGGAGCAUAUGGAUAUAGGCAACGGGUAUGGCGUGCCUGGUGGGAGUGCCUCUGUGCCUCCUCCCCACGCUGCCCGUCGCCCCAUGUUCUCGCUCGUCCCUGAACCGGACUUUCAUCACCAGAGACGCGCACAGCAGGCAGAGCAACAACAGGAGCAGCAGCAGCAGCAACAGCAGGGGGGUGGGAAUGUGUCAGGAGGAGCAGAGAAAGGGCCGGGUGAUGGGGAAGGGAAGGCGGGCCCACCAACAUCACCAGCAGCAGCGACAAGAACAGGGAAUGAGGGAGCGCUACCGGCAGCAUUGCGGGAGCGGUUGCGUGCUCGAGGCAUUCUCAAGGAGGGUGGUGGGGGUGGUGGGAAGAAGAAUGCGGGAGGGGGUACGGCAACGGGCAGUAACAGCAACGCUGCAGCAGCCAGCUCUGCUUCUGCUACUGCCGCCGCUCCCACAUCCUCUCUUCCUCCUGGCUGGUACGAGGGGGUGGACGAGGCAACAGGGGUCAAGUACUAUUACAACGAGCACACGGGCGUGAGCCAGUGGGAGCCGCCAGUUACCGCGCCCAAGAGACCCAUCCCGCCCCCGCCUCCCCCUCCUGUGCUCACCCCGCUGCCCCCUGGGUGGGAAGAGGCGGUGGACCCUGAAUCAGGCCACAAGUACUUUUAUAACUCCACCACCAACGAGACAAGCUGGGAACGGCCCAAGGCACAGACCGCAGGCACAGGAGGGGCCGGAGGAGGGGGUGGGGAGGCGAAUGGGAACGACAGUAGCAGUGGUGGUGCUGGUGCUGCGGGUGGCAGUGGCACGGUUAAGUUCAAGCGGUGUGCGGGUUGCCAGGGGUGGGGCCGGGCGUUGGUGCAAUCGUGGGGUUAUUGCAACCACUGCACCAGGGAGCUAGGUAUAGUUGUGCCUCCUGGUGCUUCCAAGAAAGCAUCCGGAGCAGUCGCAGCAGCAGCAGCAGCAGCAGCGGGGGCAGAGGAAGGGCUAGGGAGUGAAAGGGAGGCUGGGGGAGGGCCGAGAGCAGAACCAAAGAGCAGGCUCGGCGGCGUGCCCAGGCCUGGUGCGCACGCAGCAACACGCAGGGUGCAGCGGAAACGAGCAGCGGCAGCAGCUGCAGCAGCAGCAGGAGGGGGAGACGACAAGGAUGAAAUUGAUCCCAUGGACCCAUCUUCCUACUCCGAUGCUCCCCGGGGAGGAUGGGCUGUGGGGCUGAAGGGACUGCAACCACGAGCAGCAGACACCACCGCAACGGGUCCCCUGUUCCAGCAGCGCCCUUACCCCUCUCCAGGCGCUGUUCUGCGCCGCAAUGCUGAGCUGACAGGAGCAGGCGGAGCAGGAGGGAAAGGAGGAGCAGGGAAGGGCGGCAAGGCCGAUCCGGCGGUGCAGGGCUAUUCUGUGAUCCGCAAGCGGGGCGACGGGAGUGACGGGCUCGGCGAUGCUGAUUAG